AUGUCCAUCAAUACAAGAAACUUGACGGCCAGCAUCGAGUUUUACACCGAGCUCCUCGGUUUUCGCAAAUUAUUCACCCUCCAGAUCACCAAGACGUACUCAAUCACCUACCUAGCCCAUGCACAAGGCGGGAAGAACGGAACGGGUUACCAGACAGCACUCGAGAUGAACCGCGAGAAGAACAACGCACAAGGUCUUCUUGAGAUUUCCUACGUUGAUGUCCCAGUCAAGAACAUCGAGUCUGGAAGGCAGCAUCCCAACACGUUUGGACACAUCGGUAUUGUUGUACCUGACAUACACGCCUUCCAAGAACGGUUGGGCACGAUGCCUCAUAUCUCGGUGCUCAAGAGGUCGGGUGAGCCGUUUGUUGAGCUUGAUCCGAAUCUUGUGGUUGGCCCUGCCGUUGGGUUACUGCCUGAUAUAGUUGAGCAGCUCGAUGAAGACGAGAGGAAAGCGAUCGUUCGGAACUUUGGGCAGAGUGUUGAGUCUCUCAUCUUUGUCGCAGACCCUGACGGUAAUUUUAUUGAGGUCCAACCCCAAGAAGGGGCUUCACUGGUUGGGUGA